UUGAUUAGAGUUUCACACUGUUUAUCCAUUAGAUAAUAUUGUCUAGGUGUUAGCUGUUUUAACUUUAAUUGAGCUUGAUGUUGUUGCUUUCUCAUUGAACAAAACAUGCUGAACUCCACCUCUUCACCUCUGACUUAUUUCAUUCUUGGAGCUUAUAUGGAUGUUGGAAGAUUGCGGUAUUUGUACAUCAUGUUAACUUCAGUAUUAUACAUUGUAAUUCUAUCUGUCAACACCUUGAUGAUUGUGGUGAUCUCUGUGAACAGGAGCUUACAUGAACCUAUGUAUAUGUUUCUCUGCAGCCUGUUUGUAAAUGAAGUUUAUGGAAGCUCAGGCUUGUUUCCUUUUCUGCUGGCACAGAUCCUCUCAGAUGUUCACACUGUUUCUGCUCCGCUUUGCUUCCUGCAGAUCUUCUGCCUCUUCUCAUUUGUAAACAUAGAGUUUUGUAAUUUAGCUUUCAUGUCUUAUGACAGAUACCUCGCUAUUUGUUGUCCUCUCCAGUAUCAUGUAAUACUGUCACACUACAAAGUCAUGUUUUUUAUUUUUUUGAUCUGGUUAUACUCUUUUGUGAAAGUUUUCAUCACUUUAUUAUUAACUGUUCAUUUAACUUUGUGUGGAAAUGUGUUAAACAGCACAUAUUGUCGCAACUACCUGGUGGUUAGGUUGGCAUGUUCUGACCCCAUAGUAAACAACAUUUAUGGACUGUUCGGUUCCGUCCUCACAAUCUUGGUCCCACUGCUGCCCAUCCUUUAUUCUUACACUAAAAUUCUCACAGUUGUUAUAUACGGCUCCAAACGGAUGAGACAGAAAGCCAUCAACACCUGCAUGCCUCAGCUGGCUUCACUCCUCAACUUUUCCUUCGGCUGUUUAUUUGAAACACUUCAGAGCAGGUUUGAUAUGGUUGAUGCACCAGUGUGGUUGCAGAUUGUUUUGUCUCUGUAUUUUGUGAUACUUCAAUCUCUUCUGAAUCCCAUUAUGUAUGGGAUGAGGCUUAAAAGAAUAAGAAAUGAGUGUAAGAAAAUGUUCUGUGAAGUCAACUGA